AUGGAAGAAGAAAGUAUAUCAGGACUAGAAGUUAGAUUUUAUCAAACACAAUGUUUAAGCGAAGAUAAUGUAAUUAAAUUUGAAAAUAAUGGAUAUCCAAUGAUUGAUUUAAUAUUAUUUUCAGAUGCAUAUCAAAUUCAAAGGAAUACAUCUAUACCAAUUGAAACUGUUACUUUAAUACAAAGAAAUUUACAAAGAUUAUUUUCAUCAGUACCAAUAAAUGGAUACCAACAUUAUUUAGAUGUUAAAGAAUUUAAAACACAUUAUUCAAGUGGUAUUAAAUUAUUAGAUCAAUUAUUAGGUGGUAAUGGUUUUACAAGUGGUGAAAUCUAUGAAUUGGUUGGUAAUACAUCAUGUGGUAAAACUCAAAUUUCAAUGUGUUGUUCUUUAAAUUUAUCACAACAAUAUAAUUCAAAUAUAAUUUAUAUUGAUAGUUCAAAUUCAUUUUCACCACCAAGAUUAAUUGAAAUUUUUAAAUCAAAUUAUUUAAUAAAACAACGACAAAAACAACAACAAAAACAACAACAAAAACAACAUCAAAAGCAACAAGAAAAUAAUGAUAAAAUUGAACAAGAUAAAAUUUUAAAAAUUUUAGAUAGAAUUAAAGUAUUCAAUUGUUUUGAUUCAAUAACAUUAUUAGAAUUAUUAAGUACAAUCGAUAGUACAUUGAGUAUAAUUUCAGAUGAAAUACCAACAUUUGAAAAUCAAUUUUAUAAAGGUUUAAAAAUGGUUGUUAUAGAUUCAAUUGGUACAUUAUUAGCACCAAUAAUUGGUGGUAAACAAACUCAAGGUCAUUAUACAAUGAUGAUGAUUUCAAGAUUAAUUAAAUAUAUAGCAGACACUUAUCAAAUCAUAUUUCUAAUUACAAAUAAUACAGUUGGUGGUAAUAGUUUUGAUAAUAAAGCCGCUCUAGGUGAAGCUUGGUCAAUGGUACCAAAUCAUCAAUUAAUGAUUAAUCAUCAAUAUAAUGAUGAUGAAAAUGAAGAAAGAUCAAUUUAUAUCGAAAAAUCAACUAGGUUACCUGUAAGUAUUAUUUUCAUCAUUAAUUUGUAUUGGUUAUUUUAA